GUACCAGUGCACUUCGUUACCGUGGUAAUAUUGUGUCCCGUGAUAGAGACAGUUUCUUUUCGAAAAUAAACAAAUCAGCCUAGUUAUAUAUAUUUGUCAUUCCAAAUCGUGCUAUCUCGGUUAGGUUACACGAAGCGUAAAAGUGAAUCGAUGAAAUAUCGAAGCUUACGAAAGUACGAAACGAGGCUGUGUUCACUUAGAAACUAAUGAGACAUUCGAGGGGUUAAUAAAUCGACCCUUCGCAGCGAAGAUUAUUUAUUACACGAAUAUACAAGUUACGAGUAGAUUAAUAAUUGUGAGAAUCGGAGCGACCGUUUGACAUUUAAGCGUAGCUAUAACACAUGCGACACCGAUAGAUAAAUAUUAUGAAGUUCGACGAGCAUAAAAUGUCCGACUUCUAUCGGCAAGUUCUAUCGAAAAGUUUCAUUCUUAAAGCGUUCGCGUUGAUGUUGCUUUUUGUAUUCUCGGACGUGAGGCAUCAAUUGCGGUCCUUGUUCCUACCUCGAGCACUUUCCACCGAAGACAAGUUGCAGUACAACUUCUACCCGGUCGCGAGCGGACAACUUCAAUUCCGGGUAAAGACGCCUAAUGAUGCUCACAUCGCGCUCACCACGGGCCCUGAAGAGGCGGACCCCAUGUAUGAGGUCUUCAUCGGUGGAUGGAGCAACAGCAAGUCCGUGAUCCGUAAGAACAGAGCCAAACCAGAGGCCGCGGAAACGGAGACACCCGGUAUUCUGAGCGGCGACGAGUUUCGUGGAUUUUGGAUCAGAUGGGGCGACGGCGCGAUUUCCGUAGGUAAAGAAGGCGAACCAAGCUCGUUCCUCACGUACACCGAUCCAGAGCCGUUCGGAAUCGGUUACUUUGGAAUUUGCACCGGCUGGGGUGCUUCUGGCGAAUGGCUGAUCGAAGGACACGGCAAACUAUCGACGCGGAAUGAGUUAGUCUACGCGUUUCGUAACGUGAGGGGUGGCGCGGUCCUCGUCGAGGUGAGAGCAAAGAGCAACGCGCACAUCGCUCUGACAAAUCGGAAAGCCGAAUCAAGCCCAAUGUACGAAAUUAUGCUCGGUGGCUGGGAGAACACGGCGUCGGUCAUCAGAUAUGAUCGCAAACAGCCCGAUAAGGUGCGCACGAACACGCCAAACCUACUGAACGAGAACGAUACCAAGAAGUUCGCGAUCUCUUGGCUCGACGGCCUUAUCACGGUCAGGGUUGGCGAUCUUAACGGUCCUGCGAUCAUGGAAUGGCAGGAUCCGAAGCCAUUUGGCGUGAGCUACGUGGGUGUGCGUACCGGUUGGGGCGCAACCGGAAAAUGGAAGCUUCGGUCCGCGCUGUACCCGCCCCGUCCGGUUCCCGGUUCUAAAAAUACGAAUCCGUCGGCCCCUCCUCCACCUGUGCAAGGUUUGGAAAUGGGAGAAGUCUGCUGGUGCGACGCAUCCGGUGGAAUGGUACCUCCAGGUGCCGUGGAAGGCGGCAGAGACGACGAGCCUCUGUUCGUAGGAAGAGCUUACCACGAGGGUGCACUUUUACCAGGAAAAGUGAAGCCAGGCCAUGCUGUCUGCUACGUUGCCUGGGGUGGUCAGGAGCAUGGAAAGACUGAAUACCAAGUUCUCUGCGGCUGUAAUCCUGCGUGGGUGCCAACGAGCGGAAAUAACAUUCCUCCCAAUGCGAUUCCCGGUGGUGAGUCCGAAGAUGGGGAAGCCCUGUACGUAGGUCGCGUCAAUCACGAGGACACUGUGACGAUCGGCAAGGUGCAACCGUCUCACAGCGUCUGCUACAUAGCGUUCGCCGGCUCUGAAGUUGCCUUUCCCGAUUACGAGAUCAUGGUCUCACAGUAAUCGACGCGUUAAUCACACCGCGAGAUAACAGAUUUGAAAGUUGCUCCGACUUGUCGAUGAACCCUCUUGCGAUACUUUGAAUGAUCCUAUUCCUGAUCCUAUCCCAGCGGAUUAUACGUAUUUCGUAUACUUUUCCUCGCGAAAAUCCGUCCCACUGGUAACAGCGAAUCGAAAUAUUUACGAUCAAACAAUGUUAUUUACUCGAAAAAGCGAAUCUCGAUAAUUGUUGGUAUCUUAUUGUAGAGAUAGAUGGGAUAUAGAACAAGGUUACGAGAAUCUCAUAUGUGUGUAAACUAGUCUAGUUAAAAGCAGGCGGAUAUUGAUUCACGUUCAUCGAUCAGUCGGUGUAUUAAUAUACGUAUAUUACAACGGAAUAUACUUCCGCACAGAUUCGCAAUUAAAAUCACGAUGUGUAAGCGCAGAUCAAAUCGGCAAUACGCGUAGUUCGGCUAUGUAUGUUAAUUACUUAUCGUUAACUCCAGUUCGAGCAUUUAUGCCGUUUGAACAGUGGUUGCCUUUAACUCGUCUUCGGAACGAGAGUAUCGCAAAGUAUAUGUAUUCGACAGCUACAUAGUUUUAUAACGCACGACUAUUUUUCGCUUUCUUAAAAUCGUUAUUUUUAGAUUCUAUAUUGUUACGAAACAAUAAAUACUUCCAAAUGAA